AAAGUUAACAAAAGUUUUGUUUCUCAAAUUUGACAGUUUGCAUUUACUUCUAAGUUCUAAUUACAAAUUGCGCCUAUUUUUGCGAAAUGUGUAAAAAUUCUUUGUUAUGAAAGUAUUAAGUAAUAUAAAUCUAAAUUACUCUUUCGACUCCAAUUUCCCAUAAUGCAAUUUGAUGGAAAAUUCUGCGGCUUUCGUUGCAGGAUGGGGGGCUGGAAUUUUUGGCCUGAUAGUUGGUCAUCCAAUGGAUACGAUUAAAACCGAACAACAAAUGAGUUUAGGUCAACGAUUAUCCAUACGAGAAAGUGUCAAAAUAAUUGUCGCAAAAAAUGGAAUCUCAGGUCUCUAUAAAGGAAUGUAUUUCCCUUUGAUGUCUUCAGGAAUAUUAAAUGCCGUUUUCUUUGGAGUCUACGCAUUUUCUUUAAGUUCUUUACAAAGCAAGCGAGGGAACAAUCCAAAUAAUAUUCUUCCAACUAAUUCCGGAUACAGUUACGAUAAUUUUUUAUCCGGAUCUAUUGGUGGAUUGGCACAAUCAUUCAUUUCCUGUCCGAGUGAACUUAUUAAAAUACGAAUUCAAACUGGAAAAGGAAAGUGCAAAGCAAAAUUUCUCGAUAGUAAUAAAAGGAGAAAAUCAAGUACCUUUCUCGUGACUCGAGAUAUUUAUCAAAAAUAUGGAAUUAAUGGAUUUUUCAUCGGAGCUGUUCCGACGAUUUGCAGGGACGUUAUUUCCAAUGCAAUUUACAUGGUGAGUUAUCAAUACUUUCGAUACAAUUUAAAUGGUGAGGAAAAUUUAAAGCCUGGAAAUUUAGAAAUUCUUGUCGCCGGUGGAAUUGCAGGCGUUUUGUCUUGGUUACCGGUAAUUCCAUUUGAUACUGUCAAGUCGAGAAUUCAAGCGGAUGAAUUUCAUAAUCGAACUUACAAAGGGAUGAUUGAUUGCAGUCAUCGUUUAUACAAAAAUGAAGGUAUUCAUGGCUUUUUCAAAGGAACGACAAUGAUUACUCUUCGUUCUAUUCCAGUUAACGCCGCUAUUUUUUAUAGCUAUCAUCUCCUCAUGAAAAUUUUCGUGCCCCACAUUCAUCACUAAAAAUCCUCAAGAAAAAAGUCUCUCACUUCCCUCAUAUAUUUCACGUACGUCUCUAUUUAUAUUUGUUAAGAAAAGAAACUCAAUUUUUUCUAAUUAAAAAAUAUGU